UCUAUUUGGGAUAUGCCAUGAUAACCGACAUCAACAAUUUUAUAGAUGAUAAUAUAAAUCUAGCUGCACAGUUAAAUACUUUACAAUACAGACUUAUUUAAAACAUCAAGAAAAAUGUAUAAUAAGAAAAGAUCAAAUUCAUCGGAUAAGCCUGGAAAUGUUAAUAAAAAAUUUAAAAACGAAGACAAUGAACAAUCCAUGUUUGAAAAUGAUCUUGCUGUUAUGGAAGAAAUGGAUAAAGAAUUUGAGUCAUCACCUGAUGUAUUGGGUGAGGGCCCUGAUCAAGAAAAUGCUAGUUCUAUGUGGGGUAGACCUGCUUUAAAAGAAAUUAAUCCUGAUACUGAUAAUUUAGCUUUUCAGCAACUUACUAUAGACAAUUAUAUUGGUGAACCAAUAAAAGGAAUGAGUGGUCCACAAACUGGAUUAGUUCCUAUUACUCGAAUGUUUGGUAUAACUAUAGAAGGUAAUUCUGUAUGCUGUAAUGUACAUGGUUUUUCACCAUAUUUCUAUACUACUGCACCUGAAGGUUUUGGUCCUGAGCAUUGUAAAGAAUUUAAAACCCGUUUAAAUGCAGUUGUUGUAAGUGACAUGCGUGGAAAUCAAAAUAGAGUGCAAGAGGCUGUUCUCAUGGUUGAAAUUGUUCAAAAAAUGAAUCUUUAUGGUUAUCAUGGUGAAGAAUUUGAAAAAUAUUUAAAAAUUACUAUGGCCUUACCAAAAUUAGUACCUGCAGCAAAAAGGCUCUUAGAAAAAGAACAGGUAUUUCCUACAUUUCCUGGACAUCAUUAUAAAAUGUUCGAGACUAAUGUUGAUUACGAUAUGCGUUUUAUGGUGGAUUUAAAAAUUGUUGGUUGUAGUUGGAUUGAACUUCCUGCUCGUUCUUACACUAAACGUCAAUUCAAUUCUGACCGAAAAAUACAUUCUAGAUGUCAAUUAGAAGUAGAUGUUGACUGGCAAAAUUUGAUAGCUCAUGCUCCAGAGGGUGAAUGGAGUAAAGUUGCACCUUUCCGCAUUCUUAGCUUUGAUAUUGAAUGUGCUGGUCGUAAAGGUAUAUUUCCUGAGCCAGACAAAGACCCUGUAAUACAAAUAGCUAAUAUGGUGCAAAUAGAAAAUAAAAGAUUAAUAAGAAAUGUGUUUACAUUAAAUACUUGCGCACCAAUAGUUGGUAGUCAAGUUAUUAGUUGUGAAAAAGAAAAUGUUAUGCUUGAAAAAUGGGCUGCAUUUAUGCGUGAAUGUGAUCCAGAUAUUAUUACUGGAUAUAAUAUAAAUAAUUUUGAUUUACCCUACCUAAUUAAUCGUGCUAAACAUUUACAUGCCAAAAAUUUUAAUUUCUUAGGGCGUAUUAAAGACAUACAAUCCGUUAUAAGAGAACAAGUAAUUCAAAGUAAACAAAUGGGUCGAAGAGAAAAUAAAAGUAUUAAUAUUGAUGGAAGAGUUCCUUUUGAUUUAUAUUUAGUUUUAGUACGGGACUAUAAGUUACGUUCAUAUUCAUUAAAUUCUGUCAGUUAUCAUUUUUUACAAGAACAAAAAGAAGACGUUCAUCAUAGUAUUAUUACAGAUUUACAAAACGGCACUCCUCAAACAAGACGUCGUCUCGCAGUUUAUUGUUUAAAGGAUGCGUUUCUUCCAUUAAAACUUUUAGAUAAGCUAAUGUGCUUGAUUAAUUACAUGGAAAUGGCCAGAGUAACUGGUGUUCCAUUGGGAAGUCUUGUGACUGGAGGUCAACAGGCUAAAGUUGUAUCUCAAUUACUUCGUCUUGCUCAAGAAAAGAAUUACAUAAUGCCUACAAUGACUAGUGGUAUGCAAGAUGAACAAUUCGAAGGAGCUACUGUGAUAGAACCUAUAAAAGGUUAUUAUGCUGAUCCUAUUGCAACACUAGAUUUCACUUCUCUGUAUCCAAGUAUUAUGAUGGCGCAUAAUUUAUGUUAUACUACACUGUUGUCUCAAAAAACCAUAAACCUUUUAAAUUUAUCGGAAGAUGAUUACAAAAAAACACCUUCUGGUAGUUAUUUUUUGUCAAGUUCCAAGCGCAAAGGAUUAUUACCAGAAAUCUUAGAAAAUCUGUUAUCUGCACGUAAAAAAGCCAAAACAGAUUUAAAGUCCGAGACUGAUCCUUUCAAAAAAAAAGUUUUAGAUGGUAGACAAUUAGCAUUAAAAAUAAGUGCUAAUUCAGUGUAUGGAUUUACUGGUGCACAAGUUGGCAAGUUGCCAUGUUUAGAAAUCUCAACCAGUGUAACUUCAUAUGGUAGAAUGAUGAUUGAACGUACUAAGCAGGAAGUUGAGCAAAAGUAUUGCAUUGCUAAUGGUUAUGAACAUGAUGCUGUAGUUAUUUAUGGAGAUACUGAUUCGGUGAUGGUAAAAUUUGGAGUAAAAACUAUUGAGAAAGCAAUGGAAUUGGGGCGCGAAGCAGCUGAAUACGUUACAACUAAAUUUAUCAGCCCUAUAAAGUUAGAUUUUGAAAAAGUAUACUUUCCAUAUUUAUUAAUUAAUAAAAAACGUUAUGCUGGUCUUUAUUUUACACGUCCUGACAAAUACGACAAGAUGGACUGUAAAGGGUUGGAGACUGUGCGCAGAGAUAAUUCACCUUUGGUAUCUAACAUGAUUAAUACGUGUUUGCAAAAGCUGCUUAUUGAUAGAGAUCCUGAUGGAGCAGUUGCCUAUGCAAAAGAAGUUAUUGGUGAUCUGUUAUGUAAUAGAAUUGAUAUAUCACAGUUGAUAAUCACUAAGGAGCUGAGCAAAUCUGACUAUGCAGCUAAACAAGCUCAUGUUGAAUUAUCAAUAAAAAUGAAAAAAAGAGACCCUGGUAACGCACCAAAAUUAGGUGAUCGUGUACCAUUUGUUCUAACAACAGGUACAAAAGGUACACCAGCUUAUCAACGUGCAGAAGAUCCAAUAUUUGUUCUGGAAAACAAUAUUCCUAUUGAUUUCAACUAUUAUUUAGAAAAUCAGCUUUCUAAACCUUUGGUUAGAAUAUUUUCUCCAAUUCUUGGUGAUAAAGCUGAAUCUAUAUUGUUGAAAGGUGAUCAUACACGCAAAAAAGCCAUGGUAACAUCAAAAGUGAGUGCGUUAUCCGCAUUUACAAAAAAAAAAGAAGUUUGUCUUGGAUGUAAAAGUGUGCUGCCUGCCAAUGAAGACAAAAACGCCUUGUGCAAGUAUUGUUUGCCAAAACAAGGUGAACUAUAUUAUCGUGAACGUAUUAAAGUGAACGAUUUACAAGAAAAGUUUUGUCGUUUAUGGACUGAAUGUCAACGUUGUCAAGGAAGUCUACAUGAAGAAGUUAUUUGUACUAGUCGAGACUGCCCAAUAUUUUAUUUAAGAAAGAAAGUACAAAUUGAUUUAACUGCUCAAGUGAAAACAAUGGAUCGAUUUGGAAAUCCAAAUAAUAAAUAGAAUAAUUUAUAGACGUUAGCUAGACAUCAGAUCUAACUUUAAUCUUGUAUUAUUUGAAAAAUUUAAAUGUUAAAUACUUAUACUAAUUUUACUAUGAGUUUUAGUCUUGAUUUUAAAAAUUAUAUCUUUUUAAAAUGUAUCGGUAAUAUAUGAAUAAUAAAUGUAUAAACA